CUGUUUGGUGCAGUGUGAUUCACAUGUUGUUCCUCUUGAGAGAUUUCAGAUUCCAGGUCGAUCAUCUGUGCUCCUGUUCUCGGUCGUGGACCGCGCCUCUGGCUCAUCUUGGCUCUGGACCUCGCCACCACCUUUCCCCAGUCCUAUCUGGCAGAACUCUAUUCAGAUAAGUAGUUGCAGAGUUAGAUAAGCUAACAGUCCUGGUAAAUCACCUGUCUGUCCUGGGAGAGGAUUCCUCCUUCCCUAAGGUUUCUUCCUUUUUUCCUGGAAUCAGGUUUUUUUUUUUUUUCAUUACCGGGAAGGAGGGUGUACGGACAGGUAUAACCAGUUUAAUUUAAUUUUUUUAGUUUAGCAAUUAGCUUUUGUUAAUAUUUCAUGACUGACCUUCUGUUUCUGUAAAAUUAUCGGCAUGAAGCCCAAAGAGGAAAUUCUUUUGUGAUAUUGGGCUAUAUAAAAUAAAAUUGAAUUGAAUAAUGGUGACUGUAUUUCUGUUACUAAUUGUUAUAAAGUCUGUCAGUUACUUCCAACAUUAAGUCACCCUUUGGUGUUUGUUCAUUUUUUUUGUUUCUUAUGUUGUGACGCCUGACACCCAAGUAAACAACAGUGUGGCCAACUUACUGCACAGUUAUCCUUUUUUCUUGAUGUUGCAUAUUUUCUCCCUCCUUUCUAAGAAGGGACGUAAUGACAACAAUGUGCUUCAGGUUGCACAGAGACUAGAGAUGUAAAGGUAAGCAAAGCUAGAGCUCAAACCAAAAAAAGAAAAAGAAAAGAUGCCUUUUUGCAAGUUUCACCAGCAAAUAUCUAAAAAGCUGUAAAUUAAGAGUUUUUAGAUUUUAAUGCAGUUACCACAUUUUAAUAGCAAAUUACAUUUCAUUGUGUGUUUGAAGGACAACCAAUUAUGUAAUGUUGGCUCUUGAAGAAACACUUUACUAGUACAUAAAACAGUCAGUAGUUCUUUAAAGAUUUGGCUAUUGUCAUACAUAAAAAAACGUUUAAUAAAAAUGCAUUCCUCCCUUAGCAGUUCAAUGUAAAGAAGCUGAAUGUAAAGAAGGAAAAGGAAGGGGUACUUGGCUCAAAGAGGGGUGUAUCGUAACCACAACCCUCUGCCCUUCCAGUUCACUCUCCCCCUUCCUUGGCUCCAUGCUGCAGGUGCAUCUCUGCAGGGGGGGUGGCCAACACGCUCCCAGGGCGCCAUGGCUCCAGGAGGCAUGUGACCCCCCCUCCCGGGUCUCCUCUCCCGCUCUGCCCCUUCUGGAGUUCUCUUCCCUGGUGUGUCUCUUUUUAAAGUCACCAGGUGCUUCUGGAGCGUUUUCCAUUUCCACAUAAUGUCCAUGAGGAGUUCAAAUGAGUCGGAAUUUCCAUUCCCGGCGUAUUCAGAGGGUCCAGAAAGGAAUACAUAAAAAGGAAUAAAAACACACACUGUUUCAAUACCUUUUGUUAAAAUAUGAAGAGGAGAUUAAGCAUUUCCUGAGAUAUAUUACUUACGUUUCUAAUACUCUUUUGUAGCUUUUUAGCUUUGCACAUGUGAGUUGAAUUGUAUUUUUUUAUCUUUACUUUCUUAUUUUUAUUAUUUACACAUGUCAGGAAAUUUUUGGAGCAAUAUACUUUUUUUUUUUUUUCGUUAACUGAGUCAAAAUAAAAUAACACAAAAAUCAGUCCCUUUUGAAUCUUGGAGUUGGGUUAAAAACAACAGUUAUAUUCAACUGAAGUUUUGAGUGUGUAUUAUUCAGAGCCGGACGUAUCGAAACAAAAGUGUUGAAUGUGAAGGCGGAACAUCCAGAAGAGACGAUCAAUGAGAGGAGGAGGACUGUCUGUUCAAACACCAACUAUUUACUUAAGUCUAGUUCACAUCAAUAAGGAGAGAGCCUUGGAGAGUUUAUGUCAUGACUACUUGGAUGAGAGACAUGAAGUUCUUUGGAUGGAGGAGCGCUGUUCUUCUCAUCUUCACUGUGCCAGCCCUCAUAAUUAUCUACAACAUGAAAAUAUCAACAACGCUCAGGAACAAGAAGAGCCACGACCAGAAAGAGAGAAAGCUGAAUUUCACCGUCUGCAUCUCCACUCUCUUUGGAAAUUACAACAAUGUGCUUCAGGUUGCACAGAGUCUAGAGAUGUACAGGUUGCUCGGUGUGGACAGAGUGGUGAUCUAUAAGACCAGCUGUGGUCCAGACCUGGAACGUCUGUUACAAAGUUACAGCCAGGAGGGUUUUGUUGAAAUGGUUUCAUGGCCCAUAGACAAGUAUCUGAAUACAUCAACGGGUUGGCUUUUCUCGGUACACGGAGGAGACUUGCAUUAUUUUGGACAGAUCACCACCCUUAAUGAAUGCAUGUAUCGGUCCAUGGAGCGUUCACGCUACGUCCUGAUGAAUGACAUAGAUGAGAUCAUAAUGCCAUAUAAACAUGACGACCUGGUCUCUAUGAUGAAAGCGCUGGAACCACAAUUUUCAAAAGUUGGAGAAUUCCUUGUUGAGAACCACGUCUUUCAAAAAAAGUACUUUGAUCCAAGUGGGAGAUUUCAUCUUCCUCAGUGGGAGAAGGUUCCAGGCACAAACAUUCUAGAGCACAUCUACAGAGAAGAGCCUGACAGGAAAACAUCCCCUCCACAGAAGAUGAUCAUUCAGCCAAUGCUGGUGGAACAGAUUUCAGUCCAUAAAGUGUUGAAGAAUUUUGGACAACGGUACUUCAUGCCUCCGGCGCUGUGCCACCUCAUCCACGUUCGUGAGACCCAGCGUAAAUCACUAACACUGAAGGAUCUUCAUGAAGACAGACGACUGUGGCACUUCCAGGAAAAACUGAUUCCUAAUGUUGACAAAGUUCUGAAGAGAGCAGGGCUGAUAAACUGAAACAAUUCCAACAACAUUUACAAACAUUUGAAUUAAUGUGAAGAAUGUUAAGUCAACAAAAAGUCUCCAGUAAAAAUGGUUGACCAAAGACUUGCUGCACCAUUAGACAUCGAUUGAAGACCCACCUUUUCCAGCAAUAGCCUGAUAUCAGUCAUUGCACUUGAAGUUGUCAUCUGGAUAUUUUGGACUGUUGUUUUCUUUUACUUUUAUUCAGUUCAUUGUAUUUAUGGAUAUUUCUGAUAUUUUUUUUCUACUUGUCCUGUCCGAGAGCUGAGAAAACAGAUUAGAGCUGAGCACCUCUUGUGUUAGAGAUAUUUUACUGUUACAAAAAGGUGUUUAUGAAUUUUCUAACACACAAGACAUAUACUGUAUUUGCAUAAACCCCUUUUGUAAUUUAGGCAAAACUUUAUUUCCUUUAUUUCCUGUUAACAUCUCUCUGUAAGUUGCAUUCUGUCUUUUCCCAUUAAGGUCUAGACUCAAUUAUACACUCAAGAACUUUUAUGUUUUUUUGCUCAUUCAAUCAUUUUAUUAUUAAUCUAAUUCUGUACUUAAAAUUUUACAUUGCAUAAAUCUAUUGUAAGUUUAUUAAAUUGUGACUCAUAAUUCAAAAUAAAAGUCAAUACUGGAAAUGCUUUUUCAUUUUUACAAUGUAACUGCUUUACAUGUCUCUUAAAUAAAAUGAAAAAGUAAUCCUCCGAAUGGA